AAUAUAAUUUCGUUUUAGAGAAAUGUAUUCAAAAUUGCCUAGAGGUAGGUACUUUUAUUUUUAAGGAAUUUUCAUUCAUCAAUUUAAAAAAUUACCUUUUUUGUUGCAUUGUGGAUCUAUAGUUGGUGAAUAAGUAAUUCAUUUUUUAAUUUUCCAUGCAGUUUUUAUAAUAAUUGGAAAAAACUGAAAAUUUAUGGCGUUACGAAUUCAUUAUUUUAAAUGUUUUCUAAUUUUAUUUUAUUUCCGAAAUAUUGCUCCAAUUUUCAAGAAAAACAUCUUUUCUAAAAAAAAAUAUAGUCUAGUUUGUGAGAGGAAUAGUUGUUUGUUGGACCCCCCCCCUUUUGAAAUUUGUUUCAGUUACGGCUUUGUGGUAGGUACUAUGUGGAUAUAAUUGUUUGACCCAACAGAAAUUCUUGGAAAUUUAACACGAGGUUCAUUUUAAGUUUUAUAAAGCGGUAAAAAGAAAUUUGUGCGUAGGUACCUAAUGAGCAGUUUUUUUAAUAAGUGUUUUAACAAAAAUUUUAAAAAUUACGGCAUAUAAAAACAUGUAUGACUGAAUUUCGCUCAGAUUCCGUUUUUGUUUGCAAUAAUUUACCGUUGCAUACAGAUAUUUACUAAAUAACUUGAAGUAUCCUACCCACCCUAACCUAACUUAACCAGUGUAUUCUAUCCGUCCAAUUUCUCACCUACAACAAUAGCACACCUACCAGCAGUAUCAGCUAUUUUUUAGAUUCUGAUUGUAUUUUUUCUAGUGGAAUGUACCUAGAACGUAUUAUGAAUAUUGAUGAUUUUGUAUAUGGAAUGCGCUCAUUCUGAAAAUAAGGUAUGCCGAAUGAAAUGUAUUAAUUUUGUAGCUCAGUAAUGUGAAUUUCUUUUUAAAAUUAAUUUUUCUAUGUCUGAUAUCUACUCACUCUCACUAAUUAUUGGUGGUUAUAAAUAACUCAAUGUUAUCAUUAUAAUAACAUAGUUAUAAUUUACGAUUUUGUUUUAAUUAAUAUAAAUAUUUUAUCCAUUUCCAUUAACCAAUGGUUUUAUCUACGUAUUCGUUGUUGACUCAAAAACUGUAAAAUUCGAAAUCAGUCUUCUGUAUUUUAUAUAUCUUUUUCUUAUAUACACCUAUGUUUAUUACAACCAUGAAGACAGAUGUUUAUACUAAUUUGAAAUGUACAAAUCUGGAAACAUAUAUGUGAAAUCCAGCAAGGGCGUCAUUUCAAUAUUUUUUCAGGCAUGUGAGGUUUCUGAAGCAGGUCAUUUUAAAUAUUUCACCAAGCCAUAUAAAAAAAAAGUAUAUAUACACAUGGCAUACGCCUAUAUAUAUAUCUUUGUUUAAAAUCUAAAUAUAAUAAAUAAUUUAUAAUUUAUCUGUGAAUAAAUAACGCAAACAAAUGUUGAAGAUAAUAAAUGUAGUAAAGAAAUAAAAGAAGUGAAUUAAAUAAUGUUCAUAUUAAUAUUAAUUGUAUAACUUUUGCACAAGCAAAACGCUCCAAACAAAACAAAAUUAAUUGCAUAUAUAUUAUAAAUUCAAAUCCUGCAAAUACAUUUACAGAUUUUUCUUAAAUCAAUAUUAUUUACUUCUUCUAUUUCAAUAUUUCAAUAUAGUACCAUAAUAUCGUUUAACUAUUAAUCAUCGCCCAUUGAAGCAUGUCAAUAUAAUUUUACAUUUUUAAGCGAAAAAUUCUUUCAUUUGAUACAAUUGUUUCUUUAAAAGCGACCGUUUAACAGGGAAGUUUUCCAAUUUUUGACCGUGUGAUUCCUUAUCUGUAUUCUGCAGGUAUCGCGUAUGUCUGGCAGACUAUAAAAUACAAAUUACAAGAUUUAUUGUAUACUUUUAUUCAAUUAAUCAAUAGCAAAGUAUUUGUUUACUGACAGUAAAAUACCAAUAUUGUUAUUAUAAAAGUAUAAUUUAAUUUUAAUUAAAUAAAAACAGUGCAUUAUUUAAGCAAGCCAAUUUGGGAUUAUUUUAAAAGUAAGGAGUGCAAUUGUACACCGUGUUCCCUCCAAAUGACGGCUUUGGAAUAUAGGGUUUUAUGGAUAUCGAAUAUCGAAAUCGGAUUUGUGCAAACUCGGAAAGUAAUAUUUUUAAAUUUUAACCAAAUUAAAGUUACCUAUUAAUAGUUUUAGGCAGUUGAAAACUAUAAUUUCGCUGAAAUUGAAAAAAAAUGUUACUUUUCAGAUUUGUACAUUUCAGGUUUUUAUACGUUCCCAAGACGUCAUGAUUACAACUAUACAAAUCCAUUAUACAGAUCCACAACAAUAUUAUCGAAUAUGUAAUGUACUCAAUUGAAACGACAAACUAAAUAUUCAUGCAAUUAUUAUUGUUAAUAAAUAUUAAGUAGGUACCUAUUAUUAAUUGAGAAUUAUGUCGAUAUUUAUCUCUAACAAGUCAAGAUUAUUAAAUACAUAUGUAUAACCGAUUGGUACCGAUCUUAAAUAAAUAAUAAUAAUCAAACACGUUUUUUUUUACUAGAUAAUAAUAAUAUAAUGUAGGAACAUAUCUACUAGGUAUAUUUAAAAUACACGGAUAAAUACUUCUAUUAUAAUGAAAUUGUAAAUAACUAAAUUAUUAUUAUUAUAAUUUUGUAGUUUUUAAUGAAAUAAUAAUGUAUUAUCUAGUAAAACAUAAUAUGAUAAGAUAUUUAACAAAAAAUUAACAAUUUAUAUAUAUAUAGGUAUCGUAGAAUAUCAUUCAAAAUGUUUUAUUAAAUUCAACGAAACAAAUUUAUCUUGUAUACAAAACAUUUAACAUUUUAUUAUUACCAGUUGAAUAGUUCGUAAUUAUUAUUGCAUAAUCUAAAUAUACACUUACAUAAUAUUGUAUAAAUGAUAUAGGCAAUUAUCCUUUUUAUCACACACACAUUUAAAAAAAGAGCUGAUACUGGCCACAGAAACAACCACUGUUGUAGGUGGGUAGGAGGGAAGGCGGGGUAUAUAAAGUUAUUUAAUUUAUACCUAAAACCAAGGAUAAACCAUAACUAACGAAAAACGAUUCGGAGCAAAGUUUGGUUAUACAUGUUUUGAAAGGCCGUAAUAUUUAUAAUGUUCAUCAAAACUAUUGAAAACAAAAUUUGAACUCUUAUAUAUAUAUAUACAUAUAUAAAAAAAACUACAUUAUACUAAUUUUUUUUUAUCACUAAGUACGACUCAUAAUGAACAUCCUGUCAAAUUUCAAGCAUUUCUGUCAAUUUUAUCCACAAAGUACCUACUCAAUAAAUAUUAUGUAAAAACAUCACAAAAUUGUAAUGUUUAUAAAUAACUCAAAAAUGGCUCAAAUGUUUUGAACAAUUUACCACGUUUAGAAAAAGCAAAAAUAAGUGUUCUAUCAAUAUUAAAAGUCUAUGAACUUUUACUGAAUUACAAUAAAAAAAAAAAACAACAAAACUUUAAAUAAUAAAAGAAUUGUUUUCGUAAAUUUUUCUGUACUAUCUACGUAUUUUUCGGUUUUGCUCAGUUAUUAAAAACUACAAAAAAAAAUCAAAAAAUGAUUUUCUUGGUCACUAACUAGAUUCCAAAUUUAACAAAAAAUAUCUCCUGUUAUUUUUCUAUUGGAACAAUAUUUGUGGUAAAAAACAUAUGCCGUAAAAAUUUUAAAAAAUGAAAUCGUUGAACCGUAAUUUGAAAAAUCGUCUUUUUUGGUUUUGUCCAAUUAUUAUGAAAAAUACUUUAGAUAUCAAAAAACGACUUUCUAUGACAUCGGUUAUAUGUUAAAAAAAACAUCAAAAUAGAUCUCUAAUCAUUUUUUAAUUGGAGCAAUAUUUCUGGUAGAAACAACGUGAAUAAAAAUUAAAACUAAUGAAAACGGUAACGUAGCGGUGCAGUGUUUAUAUUAAUAUUUGCCAUUUUACCUAUAAUUUAAAACGACUUUGUCAAUAUAUAAACUAGAGAAAAUCACCUUUUAGAAAAGAUGCUACACUUGAAACUUUGGAACAAGAUUUUUGGUAGAAAAUUUGUUUACAGAGAAAAAAAACCGCACAUCAUAAUAAAACCAAUAGAUCCUUCGCUACACCCCGAAUCUAAAAUAUAUUUAUUUUUAUACAUAAAUUAUUUAUUUAUUUAUUUACGAAUAUUAACCAUUUAAUAAUUUUGUAGUUGCUUUAUUAUUUUAUUAUUUAUUUUAUACCUAAAAUGUGAUAUUGACGGUGUGGAUAAAGUAACUUUUACUCAGUUGUGUCAUUAAAAAUAAGGGUGGUCGAGUACCAGUCUAUUAUCACUGUUGUCAGGCUGCUCAGAAAUAAUAUGUUAUUUAAUAUCAUCAAAAUUAUAUAUUAUUUCAUAUAAUAACUUAUUACUCUAUAUCGGUGAACGAAAAAUUGUUUUGCGUUAUCAACAAUAAUACCUGAUUGUUCACGUCACACUGUACUAUCCACAAUCCACAUACCUAUUACACCAUAUUAUACUAUAGAGUGUCUAGACUUUAAACAAAGAAUUCUUAUAAUCAAAUAAAACUUGAUGCGCUAUUUUUUCGUCUGGUAUGUGUGUGUAUGUUUUUUUUGUCUAUCCGAUAAGUUUUUGAUCAAAAGACUUGCACCAAUUAAAAACUUAAUAUGAGAUUUAUUUUAAAAUUAUAAAUCUAUAUAGAUGAAAUACUAUGCAGGAGUGAGACCGUAUUUUUCUCAUAUACUUUGUACUUUUCUUAAUAAUGGAGGAAUAUCGAGAAAAACCACUUUGGAAAAACGGGAGUGGCUAUCUAUUAUUUACAUAACACCAAUUUUAAUAAAGAACAGGUUUGUUUUAAUUUUUGAAAUGCCAUUCUCUCUGUAUGCUAUCGUCCCUGAGGCGAUCACUGGGUCAGAAUCGGGGUUAUUAAAUUGGCUCCCAAACUUAGGUUGUUCAUAUUUCUACGAUUCAAUCGGCUCCCAAAAUUUACAUAUUGAAUUUACUCCCUCGAAAUGUAUGUUAUAAAUAUAUUGGUUAUCAACAUUUUUCAAAAUAAUAAUUUAAUCUUACAUCAAAAUAAUUUAAAGUAUAAAUAUUAAAUUUUACAAUUAUAUAUUACCAGGGCCUAAGAUAAAUAAAACUUUAUACUGCACUAUUUUAUGAAUGCAUGUCCCUUUCAAAAUACGUAUAGUUAUAUCCAAUAAAAUAAAAGAUCAUCCUGGUUUGUCAUAUCUGGGUGUUCGCCUGCGCUUUCAUAGUAACCGGAAAACAAUUUAUUUACUGCCCACAAAUUGUCACGGGAAAUUGCUCCUUUGCCAAGAAAUCUCACCUAGAUAUAAAAUAUAACUUUAAAAAUGAAAAUAAUAUAUUUAUAUUUUUUUGAAAAAUGAAUAUAACUGGAUAAAAUAUUAACCCUAAAUUAUCAUACAAAAAAGAAUAUUCAAAAAUUAAUUUUUCAAGUUCAAUUUUAUUUGUAUUAGAUAAAUCAUAUUUUUCUUGGGUUUCAACAAAAAAUUUUUGAUACCAUUCUUGUUUUUUUACAUCUGUAUUUAUUUCAUAAUGCCUUUUUAAGAUUCCGAGCGUAGCAAGGGAGCUAUUAGUUCUGCAAUGCUGUUUUUUUCUUUCUUUUUUUUUUCUAGCCUGUGGAUACGGUUUUUCCUAGUAAACUUGCUUUGAUUUUUACGUGUAGUAACUUUUAUGAAAGCUCAAGUUAUCUAGAUUGUACUUCGAAAUUCAUUUUUUGAUUUUUAAACGCCAUUUCUUAAAUAAAAGUAUUUAAAUAGGAAAAAACAUAGGAAAACUUACAGUUUCACAAUUUAAUUAUUUUAUAAAAACACGGACGAUGUUUUAUACCAGAGAAAAUGAUUUAAUCAAAAAAUUACAAGAUACUUUUUUUGUUGUCUUUUUGAUUUACUUUCUUACGGUAUCAAGGCAAAACUUUUGAGCUUAUAAGGAAUUUUAUUUUUCGGGAGUUUUUUGUUGCAAUUCGGUUAUAAAUACACGUAGAGAUUUGAAACUUGGUAAUAACACUUAAAUUGGACUACCUGGACGUGGUAAAAUUUCCAAAAUCAUCGAAAGACUUUUUUUAUUUUUAAUAAGCGUUUUGAAAUCAAAUUUAAACGAAAAUCGCAAAAAAAAAAAAUACGGCACUUCAAAUUAUGUAUUAUCGAACUGCGCUCGGAAUCGUCUUUCGUUAAGCAAUGGUUUAUCGUUGUUUACAGGUAUAAAUGAAAUUAUCUUAUGUAUCCUACCUUCCCAAUUUCACAUCUACAAACAGUGCUCACUCCUAUUCCCAGUAUCAGCUCUUUUUUUUCUGUUAAACUUAUUAAUGAUGGCUUGUUGAGAAUGAAAUUCAUCUUAUGUGAAUAUGUUCAUAUUCACAUACAGAGAAUCUGUUAUUACUGCAGGAGAUAUAAAAUAUCUUGUUGAAGAUUUUAAUAAGUUGUUGUAAGAAAAUAAUCAUUUGCCAUCUACCAAAUGUGGUUUAGAAGAUAGAAUGCGAGCUCAUAGAUGUAUAGAAAAAUAUAAAAAUGUAUUAGUAAGAGCUCUCGGUUUCUUGUCGUGACCACCGUCACGAAAAUAUCGUGUUCCCGUGUAUUCGUAGCAAGUUGCUUAUCACAUUACCGGAAUAGACAAUAUGUAAAACGUUUAUGAUUUUUUUUCUUUAUCAAUAGACGAAAAGUUAACAAUACUCUAAAAUAAUGAACAAUUUUUAAUUUCGUACUGCAUUACUGUAAUUUUGUAUUGCACUCAUAGUAUAUUAUAUUAUAUAUUGUACUGUAUAUUAUUUGUAUAUUAUAUUAAAAUCUGGAUAUUACACCAUUGUCAUAUUUUUGAAUUUGAUAUUUUUUUGUGUAGUCUUUUUGUUAUAAGAUCUUUAUCAAGUUGAUCAUCAAAUAAAAAAUUGUAAAUAUUUUGUAAAUAUUUUGUAUGGUAAAUAAAAUUAAGAGUUGAAUUAAGGAGGAAAAGAUUCACACGAUUUUGUUGUGCGAUGAACACUGUUUUUUUCUGCUUGAAUUGGAGCGUUAUUUUUAAUAUUAUUUACAACUAAGUACUCCAUACAUUUCUAAGUUUUUCAUUAAUUGGUAGUAUCUCAGUUAGUUCGAAAGAAAAGCAAUCGCCGACUGAUUGCGAAUUUAGAAAUGGUUAUCCAAAUAUAUACAUCCAAUGUUCGCCUAUUUCUGUUCUUCAUUCAUAUUCUAUAGAAAGACUCAAUUUUCGUUUUGUUCUAAACUGAAAAACUGGCGAACAAAUUUUGUCUGAUAAUUUCUAGCAGAAAUCCAGUAUUGUGUUGCUAAAAAUAUCAAUUUCACAUACUUUUUCUUCUUUAAUAUUUUGAGAACCGUUGUUGAAAAUAUUAUUUGAAACAAAUUCAAUAUUAAGUUUCUUGGAACCUAAUUCAAUGGUUGAUAGGGUACUUUACCUGAUAUUGAGAGCCAAUUUAAUGGUCGUCAUCAGAAUACAUCCACAGUAGGAGGUCAAAAAUAUGAUUGCGUUAGGUCUAGGUGUAAAAUUAUGUUAAACAGUAUGAGGUGUUCUAAACAAGACUUUGGAAAAUUGUUCUAUUUAAGAUAUGGACGGGGACAAUAGGUGAAGGAGGACCACGGUGCAUGAUAUUUGUAGAUAAUAGAAGAAAAUCUGGAAUAAGUUAACAAUAGGCUUGAGAAAUGGAGCUUAGCACUUGGAGGAAAGGAACUAAGAAUAAUUAGAAGUCAAACAGAGUAUGAGUUUGGAAGGACAGGAUGAAUGAGUUUUACGACAGUAAACGGUGACAUAAUAGAAAAUGUUAAUAAUACAAGUUGAAAGAAUGGUAGCUUUGAUGAGGAUAUGGAACAUAGGAUUAAGUGUGAUUGGAUAAAGUAGAAAGAGUUAGAGUCGUAAACAUUAGAAGGAUGACUUUUAAAACUUUGUAUUAAUAGUCUAAUUUAUAUAUUAUCUGGCCUACCCAGAAAAAUAUUUCUAGUUACACAUCUGCCUCUACUAUUUUUUCUUUAUUAAAUAUUUUAUAAAUGAUACCUCAGGGAUUUUUUGUGGAUUAUAAAUUCGUUUGCUAUUUACUACUAUUUACGACUAAUUUACUACUUAUUAUAUUUUAGAUUCUGAGUGGAGCGAAGAAGCUUAUGAUUUUACAAAGAUGUUUAUUAUUUUAUUUUUUUUGAUACAACUUUUCUACCAGUAAUUUCGCUCCAAUUUAUUAUGACAAAAAUAUUUCUAAAAGGAAAUCUGACUGGAAAGGUACUUUAAAAGGUCAUUUUUUGAUUUUCCCAGGAAUUUUCUGAAUAAAUGUGAAAAAUCGAAAAAAAAAAAUGAGGAAUAACGGGAAAAUGUAAGAAAUGUAGGUAUCAAGUAAUUCAAAAAUAUUACGGACUUAUUUUUUCCUGUGAACAACUUUUCUACCAGCAAUUAUCCUCCGAUUUACAAUAAUAUCACUUUUUCUAAAAGGAAAAAAUAUUUUGCUAAAUUUUCCCGUUCUUUCUACGUUUUUUUUUUUUUUGGUUCUUUCUAAUUAUUAUGAAAAUUGAAUGGAAAAUCAAAAAAUGACUUAUUUCGUGAGCAACAAGAUUCAGAAUGAUACAAAAAUGUUAUUUAAAAUUUUUCAACAAUAUUUAUGGAUCAUUUAGCAUUUGUGGUAGAAAACAUAGUUUGUAAAAAUUAAAAACAAUAAAAUCAAUAACCCCGUAGCACGUCGUAAAUAUUUACUGUUUUUCCGGUAAUUUUUUCCUAAUUAUUAUGAAAACACCUUGGAAAAAUAAAAAAUGAUCGCUCAUUGCACUAACUAGAUAAAAUUUUCUUACAGAAAAGUUACUACACUUGAUACAUCGAAGAAAGUUUUCUGUUUGAAAAAGUGGUUUACAGGCAUAAAAAAGAAAGUUUCGAGUCUAAAAUGUAAUUUAGGUACCAUUUUAUUUAUUUAUUUAUAAUAUAUUAAAUGUUAAUCAAAUAUACUUAUUCAUUAUUAACAUUGCAACCGCAGUGAAAAGUGUUUGUCUAGCACUUUCAAAAUUAAAUAAAAACAAAUAACAAUAAUAGAGUAUUUAAACAAUUUAAUUGUUUCGUAAAAAUUGUUUAAGUACUCGUAACAUUCUGCUGCAUUAUAUUAUAGGCAACCUCGUAAAACUUAUGCAAUGUUUAAAUAAUUCAGGACAUUCCAUUCUUUAUAGAUUAUAAUGAAUACGAUAAAAUAAUGCUAACUAUUAUAUCUACUACCGUCACUACCGAGUAUUAUAGGUAUUACAAUUUACAGGUAAGCACUAAGCGCAAUAGAAAAAAAAAAUGGGAUAUCAUUAAAUAUUAGGCGAAAAAUUACCAAUAAAAGACUAGGUAUUUAUUCUGAUAUUAUUAUCGUUAUUAUUGUAUUAGGUAGUAUAUAAUGUACCUAUACUAUAUUAGUUUCAUUCAGAAAAGUAUUAUUUAUGUAGCUUCAUGUAUGGCGAAUUGACCUGUUUCGACUAGUUCAGUUCAAGAUCUUGAAAAUGAAGACCAUGUCCGAAGGGAGUUUGGUGUUCAACCCCCUCCCCCAAUAUUUUUUCAAAUAUUUUGUUUAUUAUUUUCCAAAUAAAUGCUAAUUAUACUUCUAAUAAACAUUAUUUUUUUUCAAUAAUGAUUUAAUUUAGCCACCUUCCCUCCGCCACCCAAAAAUCACUAUUAUAGUGAUUUUAACUACCUAUAGGCAAAUCAUCUAUAAUACCUAUGUCUAAAUAUUAUGCUGCCCAUUACUAGUAUUACUCAAUUUUUAAUUCAUGUUGUGUGAUUAGAUACACAUAUUUAUAAAACAUCUAAUUUUCUAUGACUCCUUCAGAAAUAGUAAAUUGUUUUGUCAAGUCAGAUGUUUGAAUUAAAUAAACAAAAACAUAUCUAUAGCCUAGUAUUAAUCUAUGAUUUUGUAUUGCAACACAUAUUGCACGGGUCCCUCGUAAAACCAGGAUUGGUGGGACCCUAAUCAAACCAUAAACUAGCAAUCUAAAUAAAGUUUUUUACUUGUGUUUUAUAAAAGUGUAUAGCUAUUAAUAUUCGUAUAGCUUAUAAUAUGUGACCAGCACUAAUUUAUUAUUGAACGAGAAUUUUUAAACAGUACGUCAGUAUACUGGGGUCAAAAAUAUAAUAUGAUGGUGGUCGGCUUGGUCCCACAAUGAUUUACCAAUUUAAAGUAAUUACUUCGUAAUUUAUGACCAAUAAUAAUUUUCAAAAUAGCCAUGGCAGAAAAUCUAGCACUCUCGUUUAUCUUCAUAAAUAUACUAAAAACUUAAUUCAAAAUUCAGUUAAAAUUUGAUUAUUGAGGCGGUUGAAAGCGAUUCGUUUUUUUAUACAUUUAAAUUAAUAAAUUGGAGUAAAAUAAAUAAACUUACAGUAGUCCAAUUUCUGUUUUGAUAAUGUUAUCUGAUUUCGUAACUCAUUUUAAAUGUUUUCAAGGAAAAUAUAUAUUUACAUCGGUUUUAUUAUAAUCAAAAAAUAAAAAAAUCUAAAAAAACAUAGAUAAGACAAUUGAUGAAAUAAAAGAAUUAAAAUAUGUAAUCAAAAUUAAAAUUGAGCUAUUGAUAGCGAGUGAAUUUUAUUCCAGAUAAUCAGUUAAAACGUUAUAAUAAUGUCCUUACUCCUUCUCCAUAAAUGAGUAUCAGACAGUAGAUUAGUGGAUAAAUCUUAUAAUUAAGGCGGUUAUUAAAAAGUAAAAAAAAUUUAGGUUUCCAAUCCCCUUGAGUAAAUUAAUUUUUAUUCUUUUUUACUUUCAUCCCACCUAUUUGGAGUCAGCCACUCUCAUCCUAAACUUCAACUCGAUCCAAAACCCCACCACACAUAUACUGACUAAUGGUUAUCCUUUAGUGUCCAUAUAAUUCUUAAUCACAUUCAACUACUUCUCUUCGGUCUUCUUCUUUUCUUUUCUCUUAUAUUUAUUUGUAUUAAAAUCCUUACUACUGGUUUCAAAUUUAGUUAGUAAGAAAGUAGUUUUUUGAUUUUCUGUGUUUUCUUAAUAACUGAUCCAAACGAGGACAAAACGUAGAAAAAACGGGAAGAGUACAAAAAUAAUGAUGUCAUUAUUUUUAAUUUUGUUUUUUUGUUAUAAUCCAGUUAAAAAUAUUCGAUGAGACUAGCCAUUUUGAAGAAAAACUCAUAUUUGUCUUUUCUUGACGUAUUAAAAUUUUUAAAAUAUUUUGACGAAUGUUGAGUUAUUUUUAAGCAUAUUUUAUAAUUGCUAGUUUUUAUAUUUAAGUUUUAAUUGAAAGUUAUUAUAUAAGUAUAAUUUGUUUGACCAAACAGAAAUGCUUGAAAGUUUAAUAUUUGGUGAAUUACUUUUCUUAAUGGCCAAAAAAAGUUGAGUAUAAUAAAGUAAUUUUGUUUGUUUAUAAUGGUUUUAAGAUCAAAUUUUGAUGAGAAUCGUAAAUAUUACGGUCUUUCAAAUAAAGUUUGAACGACUUGCCUAGACUCGUUUUCGUUAAUGGUUUAUCAUUGCUAAUAGAUAUAAAUUAAACAACUUUAUAUAUCUUACCUUCUUAACUUCCCACUUAUUACAGUGGCGCUCUUUUACAGUGCUAUUUUUUAAUUUUUUAAACUGAGGCAUAGUUAGUAGGUAGGCCUGGUAAGCCCGAGCUUGAAGGAACAUUGAUAUUAAGAACACUCGAUUCUAGCGGUGGCUAGCCUAUCUGUUUAAUUUAAGAACACACGAAAUCCAUAGGAACAUAGAAAACAUAGAAAUCGUAUUUGUUUAGCAAUGGUUUAUCAGAUUACAGAUAUAAAUAAAGUAGCGUUAUUUAUCCUAUCUUCCCAACUACCCAUGUACAACAUUAGUGUACCCAUUAACACUAUCCGUUUAUUUUUAUAUUGACUAUGAUUAAUGUAAUUAUUAUUGAAACCAAAUUUUUAAAUAAAUACUUUGUAACAAUUUAAGUCGUACCUAUAUUUACAAUUUCACUGUCACUAUAUAUCUGAAGUUACACAACAAUAAUUGAUGAAUAAGAUAUUUUUAAAUAACAAUUAUUGGGAUUUUUCCACAAAUCAAUGUUUUAUCGUCUUAUACCAUUUUAUAUAUUAGGGGUGUCAUUUUCCAUACACAAAGACAGAAAAUUACAAAAUAUAAUCUGUUAUAGAUAUUCGGCAAUAUUAUUAUUUAUUAAUAAUAAUAAUGUACCUAAGGUAUACAAAUUAGUACCUACCUAUGCCCUUUGUAAUUAAGUUGUCCAACAGAUCACAGAUAACAAGUGUUUAAAAUUAACAAAUUAAACGAAAUUAACUCCAAUCACUGUUGUUUUAAUAAAUUACUUACGAAAAUUGAUUAAAAUAUAAAACAAUAGUGUUAAAUAUACAUUCAUUAUUAAUUAUAAUUAGGUACAGUAUUUUAAUAAACGCAUAAUACUAUAAUUUUAAAACUAAACUUAUCAGUUUUUGCAUAAAUUGUUUUGUCUUGGGUAUUAUACCUUAUAAUGAUUGAUCGAGUGAUUACCUACCAAUAAUUAUUUUCAUUAGAAUCUAUAGAUACUGUACAAUCUAAUUAGUUUAUAAUAUUGUAGUGAAUAUUUGCUUCAUCAGUGAACGAUGUCUGAACAAAAUUAAAUACGGAAAAUACUCUGAAAAAUACAAGUAAAAGGAUUACAUUUUAGUUAUUAAGUUUAAAUUAAAAAUAAACAAUAACAAAUAUUAUAGGUACACAAGAACAUUUUGUCGGUGAUUCAUAAUAUAAUUAGUGUAGGUACACAGUAAAAAAAAAUAUUUUAAAUACAUUUAUGUAAUUUAAUCUUACUCAUGGCACGUUGGGCAAUAAUAAAAUGAAGAUUAAUAACUGCAAACAUUUUUAUUUAAUUUUUUAGAUUCUGUGCGGUUUUACUAUGAGUGCUUUUAUUUAUAUAUUUUUUUUGUUUAUUACCUACCAACUUUUUUACCAAAUAUCUUGUUCCAAUCAAAACAAUGAUCUUUUUUAUUACAUUUUGGAUCCAGUUGAGGCAUUGAGGAGAUCGUUUUUUUUUCUCAAGCAGUUUUCAUAAUAAUUGGACUCCCUAUGGAAGGGGAUCAAACUAUUCCUAUGAUACUUCUGCCUGUCGUAAGAGGCGGAAAAUGGGGUUGUAUCAGGUCGACAACUGGUGUGAAAUUCUGUCAAACAGUACGAAAAGUUCUAAACAAGACUUUGGCAGAUUGUCCUAUCUCGGAUGUGUGUGUAGACAACAGAUGAGAGAAGGUACUACGGUGUAUGAUUUUUACGAAUUAUAUAGUUUUAGUAGGAGAAAAUCUAGAAUAAAUUUAUUAACUUAUUCGUGAUUUUCACAAUAGACAGAUUUAAAAAUAGACUUGAGGAUUGGAGAGUUGCUUUUGACGGAAAGGGCAAACAAACAGCAAUAAGCGGUGAUAUUGAAAAGUAAUUUUUACAACAGUGUAGUGAGACCGGCUAUAUUGUUUGGAUCGAAGUGUUGGUCAGUAAAUAGAAAAAUAUAAUAGUGAAUAAUUGUAGUAGAGAUGAAAUUUUUUAGGUAGAUGACUGGAAUCACGUAAGAAGAUAUGAUAUGAAUAAUUACUUAAAGCUACACUUUAAGUAGCUUUAAUAGUAGACAAACUGAAAGAAAAUAGACUGAGAUGGCUUGGACAUGACAUGCACCAUGAGGAGAGAAAAAUUAGAAGUAAGAAUAAAUGUAGGUGUAAAGAGGUGGAGAGGAAGACUGAAAAAGACGUAGUUAGAUGCAAUUGAGAAUGAUAUGAGGACAGCCGGGUGCACACGAAGUGGAAAAUCGGGUAAGUGAAAAUUUAUGAGGGUAAAUAGUUGGAAUGAAGGGAAAAGAGUAGAAGACAUUUUCAUAAUAGUUAUGAAAAACUGAACAAAAACUACAAAGUCAUCAGACUUGACAGAAUUAUCCUCGUGCCGUCACAGGAGCUGAGUAUUAUUAGGCAUAUUUGUUACCAAAGUAACUCAGAAAUCAACAAAAAUCAUAGAAAAAAUUGCCAGUUAUAUAUUUUACUAAGAAAAUUACAAACAAAAUAACAAAAUGAAUUCCCUAUAGCACCAACUAGAUUAAAAAUACAAGCAUAUUCCUAUAAAGUUUUUGAUUGACUUGAACUUGACUUUGAAGAUUUCUGGUAGAAAUAUUUACAAACAUACUCAGGUCUACAAGUUUACAAAAUUAUAUUUUUAGAAAUGCAAUGAUAUUUUUGUGGAAAACAUGUAUUUAAGGCACGUUGUCUUAUCAAAAAGUAUUUUCGGCCGCGGACAAUUAGGAUAUUAUAAUUACUAUUGUACUAUUAGUACCCACUAGCUAAAAACCGAUUUUCUGGCAUCCUAAAGCUGUUAAAAAUUGUAUUUUUGCUUACAAAUUAUUACAUAAUAUAUUACAUAAUACCAGUCGGUUUUGAGGUCAAAGUUUUGACAUGGUGGUGCCAGGAUAACGCACCUAAGUUUUGAGCAUUUUUAUUAAGCCAAACAAAUUUCAUUCUUUAAACGGUAAAUAUAUUUACGAGUAGUAAUAUAGUAGUGUGUACGCAAAUUUAUUGUUCGUAAUGUAAAAAUCGUAUAAAUUGGAACUUUUUACGCUUACUAACAAAAUCCUUACUACCACACAAUCGACCCUAAAAUUUUAAAUAUUCGAGCAUUUAUCAAGUGUUUAAUAAAAUUAAAAUAAUAACUUAGAAAUUUUAAAUAACUGUAAAUAACUAAAAAAAUUACCACAAUAUUUUAAAAAUUGUAGCUUGUCGGUACAAAAGUGAGUUAGGAAAAUACACGUCUGUCAAUAAGUGUUGAUCACUAAAAACCUGCAGUGGUUUUUUUGUAUGCACUACGACACACUUUGUGCACUACAAAAUAUCUAAUGUGCACUACAAAAAAUUAAAGUGUUUCAUUAAAGACGAGCCAUGAGGUUCCGCGUCCUAAUCCUCUAUAAGACACUCAGAAAAUAUUUACUUUUUAGACAUUUUAUUUUUUGAACAACUUAACAAAUAUAUAGCUCUAAAAUUUUACAUUACCAUAAUUUUUAAUUAUUCUUAUUUUCAUGUGUAAACCUAUUAUUUUUGAAUAGCUCCCUACAAUAAAAAUGUCAUUAAUAGAUGAUGUUUUAUUUAAAAUAUAUUUUGGUACUAAAAUUUUAAAUUUCCGUCUAUGAUAUACGUCGAAUAUAUACCGAACUUAAAUACAUGUAUGUGCUCCACGAAAAGUCUGAAAAAAUAGCCAUUGCUAAAAACGAUAAGAUGAAAAUUUACCACAAUUUUUAAUUUUAGAUUCUGAGAUUAUUAUUGGUUUUACAAAGAUGUUUAUUUUAAAAACCGCAAGGUAAUGGGCCUCAAUGGCCUUUAAAAAAACCGAUGAAGAAGAAGAAGAAGAUGAAACAGUGGCUACGUGCCUGCUCUCUAUUUCAGAUUUUCCGAUUUAUUUCUUGAAGAGAACGUAGUAAUUUGGUUUUACAAUCAAAUGAUUUGCGUCAGACAACUUUUUUCGCUCCAUAUUUCUAGUAGAAGUAGUAAAAUUCCUAAAAUGUUACAACUCACAAAGAAGUACUUUAACUGUGUAUGCUUUUAGCGUGCUUAUUUUGUUUUAACAUAAAUAAAAUUAAAAUAAAGCACUUGUUUGUGAACUUUCAAUUUUAGAACCAAAGAAUAGCGAUAUUCUGUUAGUUUUACAAUGAUGUGUUUUUUUUUUAAAUCUUUUAAUUUUUUGUGUCUGUGAGAAAUUUUUCAAACAGAAAACAUGCUCCGAUUUAUUAGUUCCGUUUUUGAAAGAAAAUUGUAUAUUUAGAAUCAUUUUUCUUUAACAAUAAUAAUUAAUCAUUGUGUACAGAUAUACAUUUAAUUUCCCUCUAUAUUCUUACCUUCCCAACUUUUUUAUUAACCUAUUUAGUGUUUUUUAUACACAGUUCGAUACAAUUUAAAAAAAUAAUAAUUUCGUAAAUUUUGUACUCUUUCUAGUUUCAUUUAUACAGUUCAUAUACUUAUUCUAAUUAUAUUAGUUAAAAAAAAAUUGUAUUAUUUAUAUUAUAAUUUGUAUUGAAAAUUGUGAGAUAUUCCACGAAAGUAGUCGUAAAUCGAUCUUUUUUUGUACUCAUUAAAAACAUAUGUUAGUCUUACUGCAGAGUCCUUGUAUUUUUGAUUCUGAGUGGAGUGAAAGAGCUUAUGAUUUUACAAAGACGUUUUUUUUUUUUUAGUUUUUUUUUUAUCUGUACGCAAAUUAUCUACCAGAAGACUUACUCCAAUUUUUAAUUGUAGCAUCUUUUUUGAAAGGAAAUUGGUGUAAAGAGGUACUUAAAGGAGGUUAUUUUUCGAUUUUCUCGAAAAAAAAUGGAAGAAAAACGAAAAAAUGUAAGAAAUAUAGGUAUUAGUCAACAAUAUUACGGCUUUCUUUUUUCCUUUGGAAUAUUUUUCUACCAGCAAUUUUACUUCGAUUUAUAAUGAUAGCAAUUUUUCUAAAAAGAAAUUUAACUGGGGAAGUACUUUGUAGAGGUAAUUUUUCGAUUUUCUAAGGAGUGUGCUUAUCAUUGCUGAUAGACAAAAAAUAAGAUAUCCUCCUUUAUUUAUCUUAUACCUUCUCAAAUUCUUACUUACAACAAUGGCGCACCCAGAGUCAAGGGUGCCCGUAGAAGAGGGAGUAAAAAGGGCCAUUCUUCCCCCCGGGAUUUUUAUCUAUUUUGUAUGUAAUUUUAUCAUGUAUAAUGGUAUACCAUUUUAUCAUAACAAUAAAAUAUUUCUAAAAUAAAAUGUUUUCCCCGUUUUGCCCCGGGUGCGAUCUUAUCCUAUUGGUGCGUUUACCUAGAACUGGGCUUGAUGACAGUCUAAGUUGUACAUUCGUACAGCGCCCCGUGUUUUUAAAUGCCCCUCGUCUAAUCACAAUCGUAGGUAGAUAGUAAUUUCAUAUGAUUGUUUAGAAAAAUAUAAAUUAAAAUUAAUGAAUUUAUAAAAAUUGUAUUGUAAAUAUUUGUCUACGCUUGGUAUUAGUAAGUGAAAAAGCAAAUAAAAGGCUUAUGUAGGCUCCGCAAAAAUGGCUGCAAAGGGCCUUGGUAUUUUCCAAGCUGAUUCUGGGUGCACCCAUCAGCAGUAUUAGCUAUUUUUUUUCAUUUACUUAAAUUAAAUUGUAUUGGGUUUAGUUGUAUACCAAAUCAUAAUAAAAGAUAUGUUUUUGUCAUCUGACAUCUCUGUUCUGAAAUUUUGGGAUCUACUGCAAGAAUAAUUAUAAUGGAAUGAUAAAAUACAUUUUCCCGCACUUUUUCGUAUUUUAGAUUAUAUUAGGAAUCAUGAUGGUAUAAAAAAUACUUAUGAUGAUAAUGACACAAGAAAAUACUAGUACAUUUAUUUGAAAGUGAAUUCGAAUAUUGUUUAGUUUCCAUUUUUUAAAAAUUGCCUAUACAUAUUUUGUUAAGUCGUAACCCCUUAAAUACGGAUUGUAUAUCGUAUAAAUAAUAAAAUAAAUGACUAUGUUUGCAGCCAAUACAAUUUAAAUAAAAAUAUUAAUUGUAUAGGUAAUAUUAUAGACUAAAGAGUAUAAAUAUACCAUAAUUAUUAUGGUACACUGUACACGUGGUACUUCAGUGCUAAAUACUUACAUUAUAUUUUAUAUGCUAUUUAGGGAUAUUUUUCAAUUUACUGUAGGUAUUACUUAUAGUUAGGUAGAUACCUAAUAUUAAUUCCUAAUUAGGUUUAGAAAUACUUAUAGCUUAUUAUUAUAUCCUAUUUCUUUUCAUAAAAUACUAUACAUCGUUAAGUGGAAAAAAUGUAACUAUAAUAAUAUGAUUAGUUGGAAGGAAAAUCGUAAAUUAAACAAUAAAUAAUAAAGUAAAAAAAUGGACUAUUUUUAAAUUAUGUAAAAAUAUUCACUUAAAACUUUUGUAUUUUUAUGUUAACAUUUUAAUAAUAAUAAAAAAAAAAUGAUAAUAAAAAUAAAAAAUAAACGUUUGUAUUCUAAUUUGUGUUUCAUUUUAAACUGAAUCGGUUUUGCACCUUACCAGCAACUAUAAUUUCACGUUCUAAGUAGAAAUAUAUAGGUGAAUGCUAUAGAUAAUUUCGAGUAUUGUAGUAAAAGAAACAAAUUUUGAUUUAUUGAUAGUUAGUGCCAUUAUCUACUAAUACGAGUAUAAUUGAUUUUAAUUUCACAGAAUUUACAUAAUUAUAGUAGGUAUCUUAGUUCCAUUAUAAUAAUUAACAUAUUAUAAUAAUAAUGUGUUUAAAUAUAUUGUUGUUAGGUUAUAAUAUUAACGCACUUGUACUAUUUAAUAAUUCUAAUCUACCUAUUAUUAAUCAAAACUCUACCGUUCUAAUCCCUUAAUAAAAAAAUCUUGAAAAAUAUGAUACAAAUCCUGCAGAAAACCAAAUCAACUAAAUCAACCUCAACCAAAUCGUCGUUAUAUGUUAGUGCUAUAAUUAAGAGUGAUUUUCUUGUCUCUCUUGAAGUAGCUGUUACUUACUUCUCAUAUACUAAACAGUUAGGUCAAGUACUACAAAGCAAAUAGCAAGACUUAUCUAAAGCUUUAAAUGGUAUAUGAUUAUUAGAAAAACUGUAGAAGCCAUUUGAUCAGAUGCUGAAAAAUGUUUGAAGGAAAUAAUGAAAAAUGUUACCACAAUAGCUUCCGAACUAGAUGUUGAAAUACACAUGCCUCGAAUCUGUGGGAGACAAAUUGCCCGAAACAAUAUAAAUGCCCAAGACGCAGAACAAUAUUAUAAAAUAGCAAUAUUUACAUCAUUUCUUAAUAAUCUAAUUGCUCAGUUACACUCAAGAUUUGAUAAAAGAUUAGAAACAAUUAUACCACUAGAAGGACUCAUACCAUCUAAUUUCACACACUAUGACGACCAAUCAAUCUUAGCUGCUGCUUCUACGUAGUAUGUCCGAUAAAUACGCGAACUGGUUAUCUACAGCAGUCGGUGGGUCAAAGUACGGCAUCGAACUAUUCUGGGCACACUUUACAACUACUAAUAAUGCGACGGUUACCGGCCGAUCAUCGUGACAUAAUUAUACAAACAGCACACGUGUAGUUUUAGUGUUUGGUUUUUUUCUUUACAGUAAAUAAAGAAGAAUUAAAAUAUGAAAACAUCGAAAAAGAAAUAUUGAAUGCUUUUAUUAAAAAAUCCCAUAGGAGAAUGAAAGUUACAGAUUGGACACAAUAAUAAUAUUAUAUUAUAAACCAUAAGAAAUAAGUAACUCAUUAAGAAUAUUUACCUUAUAAUUAUUUAAGUUGUUUGGAAUAAAUUAUUAUAGAUGAAAAGUUGUUAAAUAUUUUAUUUAUUUCAGCAGGAUGUAUUUAGUAUUUUAUUUGGUCAUGUAAUAAGUAUACAAAUACGUGAAAAUAAUACAAAUUAAUUUUAUAUAAGGUUUUUUUAUUGCCCACCCCCAUUGAUAAAUCCUGGCUACGCCAUUGGGAGGAGGGGAGUAGCUUAACAUAAAUUUCUGAAAUUUAAUUUUAGAAGAGAUACCUCAACUAUUUAUUUGAAAUAGAACGCAUAGAACACAGUAACGGAUACAAGGAAGGACACCCUGUCAAUCCCCUUGGGAUAUUUUUUUCGUAAUUCUUAUUUUCUAUAAUUUUGUAUGUAAUAUAUAUUUUUUUUAAUAAAAUCGACCCACCCCUUGAACAACUUCUGAAUCCGACAUUGAAGAGACGUUUUAUAUUUUCCAUUUUUAUCAAAAUGCAUUUAUGUUAAAACUUGAACUUUAAAUAACACAGAAAAAAAAACUGUUACUGGGGAUGGGUGUGUCAUUAUUGUAAGUGGGAAAUAGGGAAGAGAUAGGAUACUUAGGAGAUAGGAAGUUAUUCAAUUCAUAUCUGUAAGAAACAAUAAACUGUUGCUAACGAAAAAUCAUUCGGAACAAAAUUUGGUUAUAAAUGUUUCGAAAGGCUGUAAUAUUUGACCUUUUUAAUUAUUUACUUAUCCAAAUCUGUGCACUUCAGAUACUAAUCUGUGUUUAAUUAUAUACCUGCAAAUUACAAAAUUGUAUUUAUUACUUUAUUUUUAAAAAAAAACUAUGUAUUAAGUAUAGACAAUGCCUUAUUACAUCAGGGGAGAGGCUAAUGGGCUGAAACACCUCACCAAACAUUCAUUAUUUUUAUCUUUAACAUUAAACUUAAUUAAUCAUUUACUCAGUAUGUCUUAUUAAAAGCUUUAUAAUUUAUAACAGUACAGUCAAUAAGAGAUUAUUUAUUUUAUUAUUUCAACUUUAACUUUAUAUGUAUGCUGAAUAAGGUAGGUAUUUAUUUAUUUUAAAGCCAACCCACCCUUCAAAUAAAAAAUCUUACUGCCGUACUUAUUGUCAAUUAAUAAAACAUAAUUUGUUGAUAUCAAUUUAUUUACCUGCAAAUAAGUUAUAAUAAUACAUUUUAAUUAUAUACAUGAAAUAAUUGAUAAAAAAUUAAAUUAUGAUUAAAAUCAAAGAAAAUAUUUUAAACAAUAAACAAAUCAACUGAACAAACUAGACUAAUUUAAAACUAUUUAAACAAAUAAUUCACGGUAUUAAAAUUUGACACAUUAAUACAAUGUUAAUUCUACCAUUUCUAAUCAGAGAAUAGAUUAAAUUAUGUUAGAAUAUUAAAUUAUCUGGUUAAAAAAAAAAUUAGUCUUAGGUGUAUAUAAUGUAAUGACCUACCUUUUGUAAUUUUAAGGGUAACAAACAAAAAGUUACGCAUAAUUCAUAGGUACCUUGACUAGACCAUUGUUUUAUGGAUAAAUCCCAUGGUGCCGAGUUGGACGGACCCAGAAAACUAGUGUUUAAUGUAAUAUGUAAUAUUAAAAACUUCAAAAUAUGAACUGUUAAAUUGUUAAAUGGUUUAGAAAUUAAAAAUAGGUAAUUUUCACUCUUGAAAGUUUUUUUAGUGAAUAAUUGGUUUUUUACAUUUACAAAUAAAAUUGAAAAGUUUUAUUAUCAAUAAUAAAUGAAAUGCAAGAUUAAAUCUGUUUUACUAACGCUUAAGUAGGUACUACACUACUAACUAAAGAGGUUUUCCCACUAGUUCUGAAACAUUUUAACAGAUUAGCGGCCCCAAAAGUGUUCUCCAAAAAAAACUUAACCUAACCUAGCCUAACCUAACCUUAAAGUAAACCUAGUUAGUAAAUAGUUUUACGAUGUUUAUUUUUUAUUAUUAUUUUUUUUUUUCUGUGGACGACUUUUUUACCAGGAAUCUUACAAACAUAUCACUUUUUUUGAAAGAAAAUCGGACUGGAGAAGUACUUUAGGUAGGUCAUUUUUCGAUUUCCCCAGGAGUUUUCCUAAUAAAUGGGGAAAACAAGAAAAAUAGGUACAAUAUUAAAGAAAUAUUAUUAAAGAAAAUAUAUAAUGCAUUAAUGCCUAUGUAGUUAUUUUACUAUAAUUUGACAUAUAUAUUGUUGACAAAGCAACACUAUCAAUAGAACUCCGCUCAGAAUCGUUUUCUCGUUAAAAAUGGCUUAUCGUUGCUUAUACACAUUCAAUUUUCCCUCUGUCACCUUAUCAACUUCUCACCUACAUCAGUGGCCCAGCCAUGUACGAAGUAUUUUUUAAAGAAAUUUUCUAUGAUAAAGUAGAAAUCAAAAAUAUGUAACAUACUCAGUAUGUGAUAAAAUAUAGUACCACCAAUCCUCAACUAAUUAAUGAAAUCUUCUGAAUUAUUAUUUCUCAGUUUUUUGAGUAAUGGCAUUGAUUUUAUAAUAUGUAUGUAUGUUAUAAAAUCAAUGGUAUCUAAUGGUAAUACACCAAACUUGUUAUUAUCAAACAUCUAAUUGUUUAUCCAAACUGAUCUUGGAAAAUUGAAUAUCAAUGUAUGUACAUCUAAUAGACACCACUAUGCAAAAUGAUUCACUCAGCAUGCUCACACCAUUUUUUUUUUGUUAAAUUUUGUAUGUAUUCAAUUACGGAUUUUUGGAAUUUUUAAAUAUAGUUAAAGCCAAUAUUUUCAAAUACUUUGAGUUUUCACAGCAUUUAAGAUUAUUCUGUGGCGAUAUCAACUUUGGUUUUUCAAAGAUAACCUAUAUUAAAAGUUUCUUAAAUAUACGGAAUAUUACUUUAAAUAAAUUUUGGUGUCAACAUUUUUGAUUUCCAUCAGUCUGUUGCUGAGAUAUUCAACAUUUAAGUUUAGGUAGGGGGUGAAUAGUGGAGUAUAGAAAUUUGUGGGGUGGCAUGGCGCGUGGCAUUUUAUUAGUGUUCCACUACUUACCCCAUACCUAAACUUAAAAGAGGAAUAUCCCGUCAACGGGUUGACGGAAAUCAAAAAUGUUUACACCAAAAUGUAUGCAAAGUAAUACUUCAUCUAUUAAUAGAAUUUUUAAUAUAGGUUCUCAUUUGAAAAACCAAAGUUGAUAUCGCCACCAGUUGUAAAAAAUCUAAGUAUUCGAAAAUAUUGGCUUAAACUACACUUUAAAAUUCCAAAAUUCAGAAUUUGAAUACAUUCCAAAUUUAACCAAAAUAUUUGGGUGAAUACGCCUGGUGAAUCAUCCUGUAUACAAUAUUUAUGUAAGUCAAUGUAAAUAUCUAAAAAACUGUAACUGUACGUAAAUAAUGUCUUGUCAAUAAUAUCUUUAGAAAAAAAAAGGUAUUGUAAGUUUUUAGAAUUAUUAAUAAUAAACAAAUCAGUGUGUUGAACACAUAACUACAGUUCGUUCAACGAGAGAAUAGUACCGCUCGCGCAUUUGGUUUACGAAAAUUACAGGUGCUCUGCUAAAAAUACAUUCUCCACGACGAAAACUAUUUGAUGUACCUAUUUAUAUGAGUUAAAUAAACUGCUGUCCGCGUCGGCUAUUAUUAUAUGCUUUAAACAAAACGUCAAAUUUUUUCUAGUCAAAGUCAUUAUCCGGUAUCCACCGCCUAUUACGAUUCACUAACUCGAAUAUAUGACAGAUUAGGUAAAGUAUAAAAUGCCCAUACGAUGAAAAAAAGGUAAAUGACAGAGCUUAUACAUACUACGUUGUAAUAACGUCAAUAUUCAAUUAUAGAUUAGAUAGCUAUUGACCGAUUAGGUUAUUCCUGAAGAAUGGCUUAAAUAUCAAAGAAAACACUCCGAUAUCAAGAUUUCAUAUUAAGAACUUUUAAAUACUGAUUUUACUUUAAGUACAUCAGAAAGCAAGAGUGUCUCUAGAAAUUGAGUAUGGGGGGGGGGGGGCGAAAUAAUUAAAUUUAAUAUUAAUGUUUGAUAAGAAAAAAAGAUGGAAAUACUUUGCACGGUGGGUGGACUACUGUUAUAGAUGAUAAGUUGGGAAAGUAAGAUAUCGAAAAAUUGAAUGUAUAUCUAUAUAAGCAUUUUAUUAUGUCUAGAAAAGACAAAUAUAAGAUUUCUGUCCAAAUUUCAAAUCUUCGCGAAUAUUUUUAACUAAAUUACAACAAAAAACAAAAUUGAAAGUAAUAAAAACAUUAUUUUUCGUAAAUUUCCCCAUUUUUUUUGUGUUUUAUCUAGGGUUUUCCUUAUAUUAUGAAAACAGCUGGAAAAAUUAAAAAUGACCUUUCUAAAGUACCAUUUAGUCAAUAUGUUAAUAUUUUUUUUCAAAAAAGGUGCUACACUUAUAUAUUGAAGCAAGAUUUCUGACAGAAAUUUUUGUCAAAUUAUGUAUGAAAAAAAAAAAUACUAUAAAUCCAAUAAGUACAUUAUUCGCUGCACUCAGAAUCUAAAAUUUAAAUUAAAUUAAUCGUUUCCAAUUUUGAUUCUAAAAAUAUAUUAUUUUAUUAUAUCUUUGCAAAUUGAUUGUCUUCAUUUGUUUUUCCAUAAUUCUAUCUCACCCUUGAGAGAAUAUUUAUUGAAAUGUAUAAAUGAGAAAUAUUUCUUAGAUCGGAAAUCAUCUUUUUGGCAUUUGGAACCAAUUGCAUUUGUACUUAUUUGUACUUAAGAGUUAUGGAUAUUUUGCAUAACAAAAAAUAACAUCAUACAGUUUAUGGAAAUGGGGAACGAUGGCCUCCUUUCCCCUCUCAGGGACGCACUUGUCUGAAAGUUUAAUUAAUGCUGACAUUUUCAACAUAUCUAAUAUUCUUAAUGAGCCAGAGACAGAUUCUGCCAAUGAAGCAAUUAAUGAGGAAGAAAUUUCUGUUGUUGAACUUUUAUACGAGGUGCCCAAGCUAAGAAUUAUCUUCAUGAAUUUCUAAGAUACGUCCAACAACAAUCAGGAGUUUCUGACAAUAUUUUUUCUCUACUUAAUAUUUUAUUUAGUUUUAUUGAAAAUACAUCUAAUACUAAACAAAAAUGACAGAUUUUCUACUCCCAUAAAAAAUAAUAUAUACCUAUUACCUACCCAAAUAACGAAUACUAAUGUUAUAUGUAGAAUAUAUAAAUACAUUUUAUAUUAUUAAUACAAAUUUCUCCCAAUAAAUAAAAAUUUUUGUUUCAAAUUUUUUUAUGUUGUAAAUUUUCUCGGUAACUCGAAGUUUCGAUAUGUCGUUUUUUUUUGAUCCCUUGAGACUUCGAGAUACCGAGUUUCCACUGAAAUGCGACGCGGAAUGUCGAACACAUUAUGGACCGCAAUCACUACACUGAAAUGUGACACUGUAUAUUCGAGACUAACUGGUGGCCCGUAGUCAUUUCGUGCGGUAGUGGGGAGAAACGACUAGUUGUCCGCCGCGCAGAACAUUUUCUCUUGUUGAACUAAAUAUAUAUGGAUCCAAAAAAAUUUUGCGGCCAUUUUACUGCAACCGAUUUCCCGUGACCGUUAAGCCACUAGUCAUUGAAGAGUAGUUUUGAAUAUGGGAAGGGUUAACCGAAAGAGGUAGGUUAAUAUUAAAUUUUAAAUGAAAUUGGUAAUUGACGUUAAAUUUUAACACCAAUUAGCAAUUUCUAAUGGAUUAGAAGUAUUUGAAACUUCAAUAAAACAAGUGAGGAACACGUUCAAGAAGAGAACAUACAAAAUAAAUUUGUACUAAAAUUAGAAAAUGUUGGAUUCUUGUUAAAUUCUGCUCAGCACAUUUCCUUCUGUCUUAGUCAUUUUGAAUUCCGAUUUUAAUAAAAAUAUCUUCAAAUAAUGAAUCCCUUUAGCCAUCCAUCUAACUGGAUGGUACAUACCAGGCUGUCGGAUUUUUGAACUUUGUCAAGUAGUGACCAUUUUUCAAGCAUAUUGAAUACGGCAGAUGACAUUUCUAGAUAAAAAUGUUUAAUGUUUUUCGAUGUAUUUUAAUCAACAAUCUCCAAACAUAUUUAAAAGAUUCGGGAUAAAUACGAAAUUUAUGGAAAUGGAUCCAAUCAAAUGGAAAAAUAAUUAAGUUUUUAUUAAUAAACUUUUUUUUUUUAGAAAAUUAAAUUCUAUAACCUUUUUUUAUAUUUAACAUUAUUUCAUAUCUUCAGCCAUUUCACAAUAUAAUAAAAUAACCAUAAAAAAAUCAGUUUUGCUAAAUACGUAAAAAUGGUUGAGAAAUCAUGAAAAAUAAUAAAAAACUCAAUAACUUUGCAAAAAAAGGUCAUUCAAUUUCAAUUCCCACAAAGAAAUAAAAUAAAGAAAUGGUUUAAUAAUAAUUGCAGGAAAAUAAUCAGGAAACUUAAUGAAGCCAGAAUUAAAGCAAACCAUAAACCAAUCCCCGAGAAUAUUAGGUACUUCAAGAACAAACAAAUAGAAAUAACUACAUUGAUAAGAAAAGAAAGAGCGAUUAGAGGACAUUGAAAACUUCAAACACAACCCCAGAGAAUUCUUCAAAUGUUGCAAAGCAAUCAAAAGUGAAUUUAUACCAACUAUACAAAUGAUAGAAGAUAAUUAUGGUACUUUAAUUACAAGACCGAAGAAUAUUGCUGAUGAAUUCAGAAUGUACUCUGAAAAACUCCUUAACAGAGACUCAACAACAGAAGUAGGCAAACAAAAAGACACCAUAUUACCUUAUACAAUAGAACCGGAAGUAUUAAUUCCGAAUUUAGAAGAAGUACAGUAUGCAAUCUAGAUUCUAAAAAUAAAAGUCACUAGGUGAUAAUAAAAUUGUAGUUAAAUUAUUAAAGUUCGGAGAACAAACCUAACACAAAAACUAUAUAAUCUAAUUCAACAGAUAUGACUAAAGGAAACUAUACCAUAAGACUGGAAUGAAUCAUUGAUGUCUAAUUUUCAAAAAAUAUAACCAAAAUAAAGUAAAAAAUUAUAGAGAAAUAACAUUGUUGAACACUGGGUAUAAGGUAUUAAUGUAUUAUCAUGUAUGUCAUUAAUCAUACCCAAAAUACUGCUAAAAUAUUAUACAGACAAGAUAGUAGGUAACUAUACUAAAGUGGAUUCAGGAAAAAUAAAUUAACUACUGAAAUAAACCUUAUACUAAGUAGUAUAAGGUCUAAGCUACUGAUCACAUAUUAAUUAUAAGAGUUCGCAAAAGAUACACAUAUUAUAUUUGUAGAUUAAAAGCAAGCCUACAAUAGCAUAAACUGAGAUAGAUUGAAAAAAUUCUUAAACAUUUUGGUGUACCAACUAAACUAAUCAACAUGAAAACUGUACAACAUGAAGACCAGCAACCGAGUCAAGGUGAACAAUGAGAUACCAUCUUCAUUUAUAAUUAAUAGCGGAUUGAAACAAAGUAAUGCAAUGUCACCAGUGCUCUUUAAUAUGGCACUGACGAGUAUAAUAAAAAAAUUACUGCAAACUGAAACAUUAAACCAUGAAGAAGGAAAUUUCUUAUUAGUAUAUGCAAACGAUAUAGUGAUCAUUGGGAAAUCACAAGAGGGUAUUCAGAGUACUGUGAAAGAACUAAUAAAGAUAGAAAAAGAUAUUGACCAAACAAACCACAGUGGAAAAACUAAAUACAGAAUGGUAAAACAAGGAGGGGUGAUCAUAAUAACCUUUGUGAGAAAUAACAUCUUUGAACAAGUGCAUGAGUUCAAGUACCUUGGAGAUCAAUAUCAGAUUGGAUGCUGCUACCAAUGCCUUUAAGCAAUUGAAAACCCUAUUUAAAUCCAAGGAAAACAAAAUAACAUCUAUACAUAAGUUACAUAUACCUUGUAUUGACAUAUAUGUGUACCAUAUGGGCAACCAUGAAAGAUGAUGAUGUAAAAUUACAUCUUUUUGAGAGAAAAGUUCUAAAAAAAAUGUUCAGACCUGUAUUCAACAAUCCAAAAUAGUAAUAGGAAAUACGAAUUAACGUCCAACUAUACCAUCUUUACAAAAGAGAAAAUUGGGUGCAAUUCAUCAGAGGAACAAGGAUAGAAUGGGUAAACCAUGUAUGGAGGGCCAAUGGAAGUACAUCGAAGAGAAAGAAGCAUUGACUAUAUGGUAAAGGGAAGACUGCGAAAAAGAUGGAAGGACAGUAUCAAGGAAUUAAUAGAAGAAACUGAAGUGGAAUGGGAGCAGGCAUAUAAUAGUGUGAUGGAAGGAAGUAAUUUUAGCAGCUAAGAGUCUAAAUGGCUUAUAAAGCCUUAAAAAAAAAAUAAAUAAAAUUUCAGUCAUUUCAAAAUAUUUUUUUGGUAGCAAUAGUUUAUCAUUGCGAAAAGAUAUAAAUUAAAUAUAUACAUAACAAUUUCAUUAAACAAACUACCCACCAUGUAGGUUGUCAAUACACAGUAUUCAGAAUUAAUAUUGUUUCCUACUAUCCCAACUAUAACAGUAGCACAUCAUAUCAGCUCUUUUUUUUAUAAUAAAAUUUAUAACCAUUAUUAUAUACAUAAUAUAUUAUAUAUUUAUUACUAUGUUUCUUAAAUUGAAUAUAAUUAUUGAAAAAAUAUCAAAUUCCUUAUGAAAAUGUAUAUUAUAUAUAAUUUCAAAUAUUAUAAAAGCAAACAUUUUUCAUUAGUCCUUAUUCUAACUAUUUAAUUAAAUUUUUAGUGUAAAAUUAUCGAACUCAAAAAAUUAUUGUGAGUGUCACAAUUAUGGCAAUUUAAAAACUUUGAUGUUACUUUUGAAAUAUGCUUCUUAAGUUGAAGAUUUCAAUUUGAUGAACAAAAGUAAAAACAUUUCAAUUUGUUUAUUAUUUGCAUGUUAUUUGAAUAAUUUCUUCGGAUUUGAAAAACCUCCUGUAAACAAUAUAAAUAUAAAUAGAAUAAGUUAAUUUGAUCAGAUUGGUUUUCUGAAUCAUAUACUUAACACCUAAAUUUCUAUUUCUUUUGUCCAUUAUAUUUUUUUGGUGUUUUUCUUCUCAACGUAACUAUAUUCAGGCUUAUGAAAAGUGAGUGCUAGUGGCUGCGUUUCCAGUAGCAAUUAUACCCAACAGCUGCAAACAUAUGUCCCCUUGACCCCUUUGAAAUUAAAAAUAUUAUGGGACAUAACUCAUGAAACGAUGCAAAAAAAAAAUGAUAACACAACAUUGAGAACCCCACUAUUUGAACUCUACAAUUAGUUGUCAGCACUCAUUUUUCGUGAGUCCUACUGAUAAAAUUUCUCAGUCAUAAUAUCUAUUGGCAUAAACCAUACCUUAUACAUCAUAAUUAAUUAUCCAAUUUAUUAUUAUAAAUACAAUUUUUAAACACAGAUUAAAAUAUGUGAUAUUGUAAUGAAAAUGGAAUAGAUUUUGAUUUCAUUUAAUUUUUUUCUAUUAUCAAACUUAGGUUUUGAUAGUUAAAGAUUACUUCAAAAAAUUUAUACAGACAUGCAUUUGUUUUAUUGAAUCAUUCAUUGUAUAAAAUAAUGGAGAAUAUAUAUUCUUUUUUGACAAGCAUUAUACUUGAAUGCAAUUAGUAUUAUUUAAUAGUCAAUACCAUAUAUUAUAUUAUAAUAUUAAUAGAUAUAUUUACACCUAUUUAGUAUAUUUUUCUUAUUUUAAAAUAUUAUGCAGGUAUCCUAUUAAAAUAUUGCAUGGUGGCACUACAACAAAUUAUUUAAAAGUAUCAGCAUUAUGUUUUGCAUAGGUGUAUAUCAACUCAUAUAAAUAUAUUGAUUAUCUUUCAGCGAACAUUUGUCGAUCAUUUGUGUUUUUUAGUUUUAGAUAGAUGUAUAUUGAUUUAAUUAUUUGAAAAUGAAAUGAAAUCUUUAGAGCAACAAAAUAUAAGCAAUAUAAUUUUUAAUUUAUUUCCACAUUGAGUUUUGUGUGAUUAUUAUGAAAGUAAAUUAAUGGUUCAUACAUAACAUAAGACAAAACAUUUAAAUAAAUAAUUCACAUCUGUAUUUUAUUUUGUAGGUUCAUAAUUAACAUUUUGUGUCUUAAUUUACCAGGUAUUUAAAUUUAUUGAUAUUAAUAGGUUACAUAAUAUCUACACGGCUAUAACCAUGAUUACUGUCAUUUUUUUUUCUUUAUUUAGUUGUUAGUUCUACAAUUUAUGAAUAAUAAUAAUUAAUACUUUGUCUUGUGCAAACUGUACCUAUUAAAUGUCAAUAAAUUAUUAGUCACCAGUUCACUGCUCUAUUUCCUAGUUUACUGUUUACAUAAAAGUAGAAAUUUAAUUAGGAAAUCAUUUAUAAUCGAUAAAAUUAUUAAAUAAUUUUCAGAAGUUUUAGUUUUAUUCAAAAAUAAAAAUAAUACACUUAUAGAAAUAUAUACCUACACUAAUUAAGAGAAGUCAUUAUAUACCAUUCAUUGUACGCAGACGAGCCUGAGUUAAUAGACUUUGAAUUUCAGCUUGUAACUUAAGUGAUUCUACUAAAGGUAGUUUUUCCAGUUGCACUGCUACAUGUUUGCCAAAUGUAUGAAACUCAUUAGAUGUUGAUUCUUGAUAUUCUGAGUAUGCACAUUUUAAUGCCUUAACUGCGUCGUCAAGAGAACUGCUUAAUUCUUGUUGGUUAUUUAACAUAGUCCUUUCUGUAAAUUUAAGAAUAUUAAUUAUUUUAUAAUUUGUUUUAUACCUAUAUAAUAUAAUGUUGUGUAGUAGUGGUUAUAUUUAUACCAUUUUCAUCAUACUGGCACUGUGUUAAAAAUGGUAAUGUUUGUGAGAAAUCAUAACUUUCUUCUGACGUUGUAUCAUUACUUUCAGUAACAUUCAAUACCUAAAGUUUGAUAAAUAAUUGUAAAAUUAAUUUUUAGGGAACACAUGCAUUUAAAUAAUAUAAUUAAGCAAAUUAUUUAUUUAAUAUUGAUUCACUCAAACAAUACUUAAUAAUUUCUGGGUUUGAUUCUAUUUAGAACUUCCCAACUUUAUUUAACAUAUUACAAUAGUGUAAGUGUAUAUUUAACAGCAGAUCAAAUUAUUUCCUUAUUAUAAAUUAACCUCAAGCGCUAGUAAAGUUUAAAAUUGUAUUAAUUUUAUUUGCAUAGAUGCAAAGGUAUACACAGACUUCAAUUUCAGGUUAAGCCUGAUAUAAUUAAUACAAUAUACAUUGAUAACCAUGUAGUAGAGUAUUUGUUUUCUUUAAUUUUCAAUUUCAAAAUAUGUUUUGUCCCAUCCCCUAACCAGUGUGUAUACAUAACAAAAUUAGAUAAUGUUAACUUAUGUCUACUUGAACUUAUUGUAUUUUUCUAUAUUUAUAGAAAUGUUUGACAUAUCUAUAAAAUAUUCCAUGAACUGUAUAGGAAUUUUUUUUUUAAAAUUAAAUAUUUUAUAACUUUUAUAAUAUAUUUUUUAAUUUUUAAGCUAUUUUGACUACUACAUUUUUUUUUAGAUGAGUAAAAUAUGGUUUGAUUUUUUUUAUGGCCAUACCUUAAAAAAUGUAGAAUCUCCAAAUGGUAAUAAUUUACUUGGAGUAUGAUUUGACCAUUUUAACAAUUUAACCCUAAAAUCCUUUUUUUGAUUAAAUAUUGUUCUGGUUAGUAAAAAUUGCGGUAGUUAAUAUUCAGCAGUAAUUUAUCUAAUAUUUAUUAUUAUUUAUUUAGAUAAUAAUUUAUAGUGGUUAAAACUAAAAAUGCUUCAAAUUGAUUGUAUCGUAUCUUAAAAGAUACAGAUUUUGUUCCGGAUGUUGCUUUAUUUGAAAAAGUUGUCUAAAAUUCCAAAAGUUUAAUAUAAAUUAAUAUAUAAUAAUGUUUAACACAGACAUUUUUAAAGAAGAUAUUCUAAAUUUUGUUCUUUUUGUGAAAAAACUUGCAUUUAAUAAUAAGUUUUGUACAUAAUUAUUCUUUAAAUAUAGCCAAAAAUAUUAUCAAUAAAGGAGGGGAAAGAUUUAAAUUGUUGAAUCACUAUUAUGUCCAAUUAGAUACUAUGAGCUGAUAUGCAAUUAUGUGUAUAAUUUUAAAUGCUCCAAAAACUUUCUAGGUAUGCAUUUAGAUGCACCUAAAUACAUAAAUGCAUAUACUAUUAGAUUAUUUUGGAUUAUUAAAAAUUGUACUAAUCUUAUUUAAGAAAAGCAAUUAAAGAAAAUAAGCUAAUGAAUAUUCUAAUCAAAGCUGUUAUUGGGUAAUGGCAUGUUUUAUUUUUAAAAAAAUGAGAGUAUAAUAAUAAUAGUGAUUAAUGGUUCUUUUCUUUUUAAUCAAUGAUUACCUAUUUACCAGAAAAUUAAAAAUUAGGAAACUAGAUAGGUAGUAGUUAAAAAAAGCAUUAUACAUUUGGAAAAGGGUAAAUGAAAAACCAACUUCGGCCCAAACUGGAUAAUUUCCCUAAUUUUUGUAACUAGUACUUAUCAAAAUUCUAUAUCUAAUAAUUAAAAACAAAUAAAAAUCUGUAAAGGUAAAAUAUUUCCUAAAUUACCAAAUUAGUCUCGAUUUUUUCAUUUUCUUCAACAUUUUUAUUGAGAAAACUGUGAGCAAGCUCAAACCACACUAAUUUUGGCUUAUAAUUGGAAUUUAUUCUUGUAAUAGACUUCAUUUUUACCAAUUCUUGAUUAUAAGUACAUCUAAAAGUUAACAAGUUACAAUAAGAAAAUUGUUAACAUUUUUUUGCAUUAAAACUAUUUGAACUAGUACAUUUAAACUUACCUCACAAUUCUUAUUUUUCGUUUAAGUUCAUUAAUAUUAGCCAGCCCAGAUGAUGGUAAAAUCAUUUGUAAUGCUAAAUUUCGUUCGGCUUUAAUUUUGUAACUGCUGUGGCUUUUAUCCCAAAGACAAGGGUAUUUUUGGUACUCAUUGAGGAAUUCAAAAAUAUUAAAUUUACCUUUAGUCAUAUUUUAAAAUACCAUAAACGCAAAUAAAUAAAUUACAAGAUAAAAAUGUCGACACUACAAAAACAGUAAUUUUAUUUAUUGUCACCUAUCACGAAUUUACGUUUAUGUUGAAGAAAGUGCAUUUAUACGAUGAUAGCAUAUCCCGACAACUACGGUAGACAGUAGAGUAGAUACCAGUGAUGGGCACUAUCGAAUUAUUCGAUAGUCCGACACAUUCGAACUACACGAUAGUAUUUCAAAUAGUAUUCGAAUAGCUCAAAAAUAUUCGAUAGUUCCGAAAAAUACGAAUAUUCGAUAAUUUCGAUAGUUCUGAAUUAAUUCGAUACCUACAACUGCACAGUAGGUACAAUAACCAUUAACCAAGCUUAUGAUUUUGAACCAGUAUUAAUUUGCCGUGACGACCUUUUAUCAUCCCCAUUAGAAAAAUUAUAUCAAUAAAAUACCUUACCGGCUUACCUAGGCUUAAACAGGUAGUGUUGUAUGUUUUGUGCAGUAAAUGAUUAAAACCGGAUAGUGUGUCUAGCAGGGGAUAUUAUAUUAAUUGUGCCAGAAAUCGCGGGUAAAAGAAUACGGACAUACUUUGCACGAUGGGUAAGCCACUGUUGUAGAUGAGUAGUUGGAAAGGUGUAUAGGAUAUAAUAUAGGAGAAUUGAAUGUAUAUAGGUAUCUGUAGGAAACGAUUAUUCAUUGCAAACGAUAGACGAUUCAGAGCAGAAGUCGGUCAUAUAUGUUUUAAAAGGUCGUAAUAUUUACGAAUUUCGUCAACAUUCCAUAUUUGAAUUUUUAUAAAAACACAAAUAUUACAUUAAACUUAACUUAUUCUUGUUGACCAAUAAGCAUAACUUAACCUCCAGUUAAAUUUUCAAGCAUUUCUGUUUAGUCUAACAAUUUUAUCCACAAAAUACCUACCGAAUAAAAAUUACCUAAAAAAACUCAUAAAAUAAAAUGUUUAUAGAAAUAGCUUAAAUGUUUUGAAAAUUUUAUCACGUCUAGAAAAGGAAAAUAUGAUUUGUCUGUCCUAAUUUCAAGUCUCUACGAACAUUUUUUACUGAAUUGCAACAAAAAAACAAAAUUGAAAAUAAUUAAAACAGUAAUUUCAUAAAUGUUUCCGUUUUUUCCCAAUUAUUAUGAAAACUACUUGAAAAAUCAAAAAAUGUCCUUCAUAAAGUACCAACUACCCAUUCAAAUAUUUUUGUUCUUUAUGAAGCUUUGAAAAUGAUUCAACAUGAAAAUAAAUAACGUCCAGAAAAAAAAAAAAUUAAAAUUAAAAUAACAUAAUAUAAUAUAUGAAUACUAUUCAUUUUUUCAAUAUUUAGAAAAGUAAAAAUUGAAAAAAAUAUUCAAUUAUUCGAUAGUUCAUUCAAACUAUUGGAAAAUAUCGAUAGUAUAAAUUGUUAUUCAGUGACCGUCACUAUUAGAUACUAUCCUACGUUUUUUCUAUUCACUUUGUGCCAGCGAGUAUUGAUGAAUUUUCCUGUCAUCGUGUAACCUUACAAUCUUUAUUUUUUGCUCUACAAUUGUUUAUAUUAGAUUAUAUUAUAUAGGUAUCUCGAUAAUAUGUCACAGAAUUAUUACGUCUCAUGACCAAUUCUAUGUAGUAGGUCGGUCGGUAUCACUGCUGUGAUAUUGUGACAGCAACUACCACAAACUUCUAUCGUGUAAACACUGUCGACUAUCAUGAAAUAAACAAAAAUUCAUAUUAUUUGUAUUGAUACCAGGGUCUUCUAUAUGACUUUGUUUAAGACUGUGAUCUUUAUGGCUUAUUAUUAAUUUUAUUUUGGAUCAAUAACAUAUCUAAUAAUGACAUAAUAUACUUACCACCAAAUAAAACAAUUAAAUAUGUUUGAGUUAUGACUAAAAUAUGUUUAGCGUUUAGUUAUGGCUAUGACAAAAGAAAUUCGCAUUUCUGAAUGGGAUAUUUUGUCAUGGAUAAGUUAUUAUUGAAAUUGCUCAAGUAGGUUAUCGACAUCACAGAAUAGAUAAUUUUCGAUAUUAUCUAUUUCGAACCGUGUCAAGAAUAUUGCAUUGGUAAAUCAAUCUUCGAAAACCUGAUUAACUUUAUCAUUCUUUAAAAUUGAGUUGGCAUUUUUUUGAUUGAAUCAUGACCAUAGUUAUUAACCAAUGAAUUAAGUAAUACAUGAUUUAAUAGAAGCAAAGAUUGAAUUCUACUUUGAGUAUAAAUUCAAUUUCGUACCAAAAUUCUACAACUUCAAUAAUAAAUAAAUACUUUAAUUUUGUAGAUUUCAAGUUAAACAGUACUUACAUUUUUUAACUAUUUAAUUAAAAUCAAAAAGAAUAAUUUAGGUAAAAUUAUUUAUUAGAAAUAAAAAAUUAACUGUAAAUAAUGAAUGUUGAAUGCAUUUAGUUUUCUCUUCAUAGAAAAUAAUUACAAAUAUUCCAUUUUUUUACCAACGUUUAAAGAAUUCUUCUUAUUGAGAAAAGUAAUACCUUUUAGGAAUAAAAGUAAGUAUCUAGACAAAUUAAUAAAAAAAACUCAUGGUCUACAUAAUUUUUUUUUUAUUAAAAUGCUUGUUAUUCUACACCAGCCUUAUUAAAUAUUGAUAUAGGUACUUAAUAUACAAGAAAUGUAGUUUUAUUGAAAUUAAAUUUAUUUAUAAACAAAUUUACUGACAUUUGUAAAAUAGUUCAAAAGAUCACCACUUAUUAUUAUAAAAUUAUAUAUUAUAGUUCAAUAUAAUUUAAAAUUAGUUUAUAGCAAGUGCAUCCAUUUCUUGUGUGAAUUGUGUUUGAAGGUUUGACAACUUAUUUUUAAGUGCAGCAACUCCCAUUAAAACAAUAUUUUCUGGUUUUAAUGAUCCACAGCUUUCAACAUUGAAAAAAAACUUAUUUGGUUUAGCUUUCCAAUUAUACUGUCCUUCAUGCUGAUCAUCAUUAAGUUCUGAAUAUUCACUUUUUGGCCAUUCAUCUGGUUUUGGGAAUAAAGUAUGUCGCAUUGUAUUAUCAGGAUCAUAUUCAAAACUCACACCUGUAGUAGGAUUCCAUUUGGCAUGUUCCUUGCCAAAUCCUUUUUUAGCAAAGGCUCUAAUUUUCAAUUCUUGUCCUUUACGCAAUUUAACAAUAAGUAUAUCAUCUUUCUCCCCAUAUUCGUUAAUAUCACUAUCCUGAUUCCUCGAAGUAACAGGCACUACGCGAGGAUUAUUACUUACCAAGUCAGCAGUAGUUACAUGUCUCGUCAUGUCUUCUGAACAUUUAACAUUAAGGUUAAACUCGACACUGCAAUCAUGACAGAAAUCUGAACAAGUGCAAUCCCUGGAGUACUGAAGACGAUCGACUACUUCAUCUGAUGUCAAUGGUAUGAGACCGAUGCGAGUUGCUAUAAACUCAUCACUUAAAACAGUCGAAUUCGAAUCUAGCUGGACCCAAUCAAUGGCUAAUGUCGGGGUUUCAGCAAUAAACACUCUACGUAAACUAUUAGCAACGCUGAGGUCGGUGUCUUCAAUUUGAAAUUUGAUGGAGUCUGUAGUAAGCUCAACUAUAUUUACAGAUGGCUGGUUUGCGUAAGGCAUUAUGAAUUAAUCGAAAAAAAAAAACGAAAAUAAAAAUACCAGAAUUGUAGAAUGUAUUUUUUUCCACAAUGGAGUAUGAAACUUUGUGAUAGUAUAGUAAUAGUAUACAAUAUACGCAUUGAUAAUACGCAUUGAUUACCUACCAAGUACCAGAGAGUAAAUAAAAACGGUUUAUAUCCAUAGAUCUAUAAACAUAUUAUUAUCAGGUCUAUGUAAAUAUCACUAAUAAUAUAAAUGAUUCUUAUCAGUGUACUUGCCUACCUGGAAUAAGCGACAUAGUUACCUUAUUAUUAUUAGAGAUGGCUAUUUUAAAAUAUAUACCUAGGUUUUAAUGAUUUAAUGAGGACAAAAUAAUAUAAUACAUUAUUUUUCAACAUUUUCUUAAAUUCAUAGUAGUCGCCAGUCACAGUUAGUAGCAGCAUUGAUUAAGCAUGCCUAAAUAAUGGUCGGGGUAGCUGUAGAUAGCAGUAACAACUGCUAAAAAUCGAUUAUCAAUCUAGAUAUAAGUAACUGAGACGUUUAUUUCAAGUAGGAAGGUACUGAUAAGAACCGUUUAUUUCAUUAGUGAUAUGAAACGUUUUUUUUACUGUCUGAUGAUUACCUAUGGAAAUAAAUAACAAUCAACCAUAGGAUUUGUUUACUAAUAGACCGGCCCAAUCUAAACCAAUAUAUAGAUAACUGCGAUUCAACAUAGUGAUGCAGGCGGUCUGUGUGUUCAAUAUAUUGAAAAAUAGUGUGCAUUAACAAUAUCAUAUUUAAAUACAUAAAAUAAAUUAAUACUAUUAAAAACUUAACCCAUAAUUCGCACAAGGUAAAUUAUUUUAUGAAUGUUAUCAUGAAUAUAAAUAUUCGUAUAUUUUCAUAGCCUUGAAUAAUAUAUUUACAGAUAAAAUGUAACCGGUUUUGUGUUAUCUUGGUUUUUCGUUUACUUGGUAAAACUUUAGAAGUGCCUAAAGUGAUUGGCAUUGGUGGUUGGAAAUAAUUUACCAUGAGUGAGUAUUUCAUACAACUAACCUCAGUACCUAAAGACUCCUUCUUUCUUAACCUCAAUAAGUAUAACCGGUAGCCCUCGUGAGUAAAUUCUGAACUAAAAUGGCCUCAAUAAGCGGAUAUCUGAUAAGAACAAGAAGUCGGACCUGUUCUUCUAAAAUCGUGAUCUUAAAGUUGUUCUAAAACCGUGAUCUAAAGAUAUAUUAUCUACUGUCCUUGUAGUCGUGAUCAUUUUAAUUUUGAGGUUAUGUUUUUAAUGUUUCUUUUUGGUUCCUAUGAAUAGAAUGUCUGGAAUGUGAUAAUAAUAUGAAUACAUUUUCUUUAUUUUAGAAUUUACUUAAUAUGUAAUAUUUUAGUACAAUGUACCAACCACAAAUACAAUUUUUUUAUUUUUUUGGAUGUUGACUUGUGAAUAUUUCUCUGAUAGAAUUAUUUUUGGUUUAAAAUUUGUUUAUUCUUUAGGAUUAUAGUUAUGGGAAAGUUAAAUGUGACUAUGCUUCGAUAUUUAACAAGGGAGGACUUCAGAGUUUUGACCGCUGUGAGUAUCAAAAUUCAAAAUAUUUUGUAGGCUUUUUUGAAAUAAGCUGAUGUAAAAUUUAGAUUAAAAAUUAAAGUUGGUAUGCUGAUGUAUAUUUUUAUAUAAUAAAUUAUUUACUCACACAAAAUACACCUCUCUAACUCAAGAAAUUGAUACAUUUAGUUAUUUUAUAAUAUUAUAUAUGAAACAGAUUGAAAUGGGAAUGAAAAAUCAUGAACUAGUUCCAGCCUUGUUAGCUGCUUCAAUUGCAAAUCUUCAUCAUGGUGGUGUACAUAAAAUUUUAAAAGAACUCUGUAAACAUAGGUUGUUAUCAUAUGAACGGGGAAAACAUUGUGAGUACUUACUUAUUUAAUAAUUUAUUACAUUCAAAAUUGGUUGUAUAAUUUAAAAAAAAUGUACUGUAAUUAUUUAUAAUUAAUUUUAGUCUGGGUUAGGUUAGGUAAGGUAUAAUGUGGGUUUGAUUUUAAGGUGGAAAUAAAGAUUUAAUUUAUCUCAUAAGAGAUUGUAAAAUAAUAAUCAUUGUUUUACUACAUACAUUUAUUUCUUAUUUUUGAGUUAAUUCAAUGUACUUAAAAUUAGAAAAUAUAUAAAAUAAGAACCACAGAUAAUCUGUUCAAACUAUAAUAUUUAAUCAAGUACAUAUUAUUUAUUUGUUGUAUAGAUUAUGCUUGUAUAGAUUUCACUAUUUACAUCUGUGUGACAGAACCUGAAAACUAAAAAUCAGUACUUAUCUAAAGAACAAUUAUAUAUUAUAAAAACUAUAUCAUCAUAACAUUUCUUGCAUAUUGUAUGAAAUUUUUUAAAGUCAAAAUACAUUUUUCCAUAGGAAACCAUUGAAAGAUUGAAGGAUAAUUUCAAAUAGCUAUAAAUAACUUGAAAAUCAUCAAAUUUAGAAAGUUUUAGGUAUUUCAUUAAACUUUACAAUUUUAUAAUUUGUAGGAUUGAUUUUUUUGGCAUGCCAAAAAAAAAAAAUGUUCAGUUUGAAAUAUUAUCCCAGUCCAUACCAACAAAACAGCCUUCAUUCAACUAUACUAAUGUUGGCAGCAUAAUGCUCACACUCCACGGUCCUUGUAGUCAAUUUCCAUAGAUUUUGUUUUUGUUCAUCAAUCACUGUUUGCAGAAUUUGAAUUAUUUUACUUCUGGUAAAUCUAUAGCCAAUGCUCUACUUUUUGCUUUUAAUAAAAAAAUAUAGGUACCAUAAGAUGUUAAAUAGACAAAUUUUACUUUUAACAAGAUUUUUUCAAUAGUAUUUACAAGAUAUAUUUAAACAGUCUUAUAUAUUUCAAAUAUAUUUUUAAUAAUUAUAAUAUUUGCAUUAGUUACUGGUUAGAUAUUGUUUUGACAUAAUCACUUAUUAUUUUCCUCAGCCUUACAAAUACGUACCUAUAACUGAAUAAAUUAAAUUGAGACUAUAGAAUCUACAACAUUAUGUUGAAAAGAUUUUGAGUAAAUAUUUAUUAAAUAAUGUAUAAUGUAUUUUUGUUAUUUAGAUGAUGGCUAUCGGUUAACUAACACAGGUUAUGACUAUUUAGCACUCAAAGCACUGACUUCUCGUCAAGUAAUAUCAUCAUUCGGUAAUCAGAUUGGUGUUGGUAAAGAAUCAAAUAUUUAUGUUGUUGCUGAUUCUGAAGAUAAGGCGAUUUGUUUAAAAUUACAUAGGUAUUCUUGAAUAAUAACUAUUAUUGUUUCAAAUCAAUAUACAAUUCUGUAUUGUUCUGUAGGUUGGGUAGAACAUGUUUUCGUAAUUUAAAAGAAAAACGAGAUUAUCAUGGACACCGUCACAAGGCAGGUUGGUUAUACUUGUCUCGUAUUUCAGCUACAAAAGAAUAUGCUUAUAUGGAGGCAUUAUCAAAAAGAGAUUUUCCUAUACCAAAACCCAUUGAUAUUAAUCGUCAUUGUGUUGUUAUGGAAUUAGUGAAUGGACAUCCUUUGUUAGUAUAUUUUUAUCAUUUAAAAUUAGUGUUUGAAUUUUAUUAUACAUUUUAAAUUUAUUUAUUCUUCUUAAUAUUACUUAGAUCUCGUAUUUAUGAAGUUGAUAAUGUAGAAAAUUUGUAUGAUGAGCUCAUGAACUUAAUUGUUCGUUUUGCUCAGCAUGGAGUUAUUCACGGUGACUUUAAUGAAUUUAAUAUAAUGAUAAAUAAUGAAGAAAAACCAAUUGUGAUUGAUUUCCCUCAAAUGAUGUCAGUUUCUCAUCCAAAUGCUGAAAUGUAUGUUUACUAUACAUAAUUCUAAUAUAAUAUAUAUACAUAUUUCAUAAUUUGUCUAUAUUAUUUUGUUUAGGUUUUUUGACCGUGACGUUAAUUGUAUAAUAGCUUUUUUUAAAAAGAGAUUUAAUUAUGAAAGUCAUUUAUAUCCAAUAUUCAAAGAUGUCGUGUGAGUGGUAUUUUAAUUAUGACUACAUUGCUUUAAAUAAAAUAAUUUCUAAUCUUUUGUUUUUAAAGUCGAGAAGAAUUUUUAGAUGUUGAAGUUUCAGCUAGUGGUUUUACAAAAAUGAUGGACCAAUUACUAUUACAUGAAAUGGGUAUGGUUGAUAAUAUUGAAGAAGAGUCUGCAGAAGAAAGUGAUUUUUAUGAAAAUGAAAAAGAUGAAGUGGAAUAUUUAGCAAAAAAAGUUGCUAAACUUAUGGAAGAAGAAUCCUCUAAUGAUCUUGGAAGUUCAACAAUACCACCGGUUCUAGAAGUAACUACUAAUAUCAUAAAUUCAGAUCCAGAAGAAUAUAUAUCAAUAAGUGAAAACGAUGAUUGUGAAAGUGUUGCUUCUUCAAAAGUAUGCUAUUCAGAUAUACAUAGUGUUCGAAGUAUGUCGACAGCAACCACAAUACCACCAGAAGUCAUACGAGAUAGAGUUAAAAAAUCAUUAGAAAAAAGGGAAAGAGCAGCAGUUAGGCAUAGAAAACUUGCUAAAGGUGAAGCUAGUGCAGUAAAUCGACAAAGAAGAGAAAAUAAAAAUACAAUUAAAGAUAGUUUUGGAAUAUGGGGUUAACAUUUUCUUUUCUAUGUAUAAUUAAUU